AUGCCACGUGGGGGCAACCAAGUGAUAGGAAUGAAUGCAUCGCCGGUUGGUGGAAGGGUAUCUGCGGUCAGUUCAAGGGAAGCUGACCAAGCAACGGAUGUAGUUACAGUUCCAUUGGGAAAAUUAUACAAUUGUGAUAGGUUGUAUAAGGAAGUACCCUUGAGGAUAGGGAAGGUUGUCUUUCCUAGCAACUUGUAUGUGUUAAAUAUGGAGGGCUUGGAGGUAAUUUUGGGGAUGGACUGGUUAGGAAAAUAUAAAGCCAUUAUUGAAUGUAGAGAGCAGGGAGUAUUGUUAGAAGGACCACGAGGGGAAAACAUUAGGUAUAGAAAAUUUUCCAAGGGACCCAAAACGAAUUUGGUGUCAACCUUAGAAUUGCAAAGACUCGUGAGGCAAGGACACCCUUUGUACUUGUGUCAUAUCAGCCAGGAAGGGAAGAAGGAGGGGGAUCCUAAGGAUAUCGCUGUAGUGAAUGAAUUUUUGGAUGUCUUUCUUGACGAAAUUCCCAGCAUGCCACAUCAAUGGAACAGGACCGAUUUCUAA